AGAAUUCAUUGUAAAACCCUGCUCUUCCUUUCCAGCUCAAGACUCCCUCCUAGAUCUCAGGCCAUUCCGAGAAUGCUGUUCCUCAUUUCCCUUCUGACUGGGACACAGAUUCUGUGCUCCCUGGCUGGCUAUCCCCCUCAUCAAGAAUCUCCACCACCUCCUCCUGACCGGUUGAUUUCCCCGUCAAGUAACACUUCUUCGGUAAAGGCAGUUGCAGAGCUGGCUCUGGAUGAGCUCAACAAACACCGCAGAGAAGGCUACGUCCUGGGACUCCAGAGAAUCUUUGAUGUCCGUCAGCUUCAGUGGCAAGGCACUGGCUUUGUCUAUUAUCUCACUUUGGAUGUGCUGGAAACCGAUUGCCAUGUCCUGAGCAGGAAAUCAUGGAAGGACUGCCAGUUUAGACUUGCGGAUGAGACAGUGUUUGGACGGUGCAGAGCAACAUUUUAUAUCAACAAGCCGUGGAGAAUUCUUCACCUGUUCGACUACGACUGCGUUUUACGCCCACCCCCUGCAUCAGCUAUUGCAAAGUUUUGCCCAGACUGCCCGGUCCCUGGUGACCCGACGGAGCCAAGGUUUUUGGAGGCAGCUACUCUGAGCCUUGCCAAAUUCAAUGCGGAAAGCAACCACACCCAUUAUUUUAAUGUCCACAACGUCACCAGAGCACGAUCGCAGUGGGUCGUUGGCCCUUCAGCCUUCGUGGAAUAUAUUAUCCAGGAGACCUCCUGCUCCAAAAGCCAGGCUGUGGCUAACCUCUCCCAGUGCCCAUUCCUCCCAGACAAGACUGCGGAUAUGGGAGUAUGCAGAGGCUCUGUGAUAGACAGCAGGGCUGACCAUCAAAAGCACAUCUCCUCAAGGUGUGACAUUUUCCAUGCACAGCCACAGGUCAAUGAGGAACAGCAAACUGGCAGCAGGAAACCAGGACACCAGAACGGUGAUGGAAGCCAUGAGGACGAUGGUCAUGCAGAAUCUAAAAAGACUGGAUACCGCAAACACCAGCAUCAACACCACCACCCUCAGGAUCACCGCCACAGGGAUCACUCACAAGAUCAUGCAGAACAUGAGCAGAAUCCUCCCACUAUUAGCCCUUUAUCAUUAACCACACUUCUGGGAAAGACGGAGGGCCUGGUCAAAGCCCUUCCUUUCUCUAACACUCACCUAUCUCUCCACUCCAUACCAGAAAUCGAAGCUGAGCAACUCGAUGGUAUUCCAGUUCCUCCAGAAUCACAGGAGUCCAAACCCAUCCCUCCCAUACCUGAUGUACACGAUGCUCCCAAGGGGAGCCGCCCACUAGACAAGCCAGCCUUGCGCAAGCCAUCGAGGAAGAUCUCUCCUCCUCCGUUCAUAUGUUUUCUCGAUCAUAUACUUGCCCGGGAGAAAUCCUAGCGUGCAGUCACACGUACCAUUAAAAGCGUGUGUGUAGCGUUCAAAUCUGAACUGCUGAAUAUUGAUUCGAUGCAGGGCAGUUCAGACGAGCAUCCAAGAAUGUGAUUCAUUCUGUUGUGCGCGAUCAGACAUCCAAUACUAUCAUGCUCAUUUCUUGGAGCAUGCGUAAUCAGAUGGUGAUUUCUGGGAGGGGAGGGGGUCCAUUGAACAUGCGCCCAACUGUUUGGAGCUGGGAAAUCAAAACUUUCUUCAGAAGCAGGGGGGAAGGGCAAAAGUUUCCAGAAUUAACAUUGCCGAUCCAAACCAUGGAACUGCCAGGAAUUAUUUUCCUAGAAAUUGGCAGUGACAAUGAUAUCUUGAAAUCCUCCACAUUGAAAAAAAAAGAAUUUUUUCCUGUUCUGAAUAGUGGGAUAAUGUUUCUCCCCCCUCCGAUCCUGUGUUGACUGGAGAAGCAGAAGCAACACCUCAGAUUCCUGGAUGAUCUGGCAAUGCACAUGUCUGCUGGGGCUUCUUUUUUUUAAAAAAGGUGAGAGGCAGUAUCGCGCGUGAGCUGUCCAAACAACAAAAAGCCGAUCUUGUGCCGAAGUUUUGAAAAAGGGCCGGACUUUAUGUGCUGUCAAAUUAACGCAGCACUGAUCCGGAGCAAGUCGGAAUGACCCUGGAUGACGCUCAAUUGCCAGAUGUGCAUGUCUGAACGAACACAUUUAAUCCGUCAGCCAGACGGAGCUGUGUCGUCACUAAUAGUACGUGUGACCGCACCCCUAGUCUCCAUUCUUGGCCUUGAGCCUUUGCUGCCCAAAAGGCCUGCUGAGUUGUCGCCAACAGGGUUCCCUGAAUUUCAAGCUAAGGAAGAUGUAAAACACUGAAAAGCCAAUUGUCUUCAGACUCACUAUCCAGUCUGUACAGGAAAAUCAUGGUGAGGUGCAAGAAAAAGAAAGCAACCCUGGAUUCUGCAUUGUGAAAUGUCAAAGAUAUAGAUAAAAGGAAGGACUUCUUCACUCAAAGAGUAAUUAACGUGGAAUUCACUGCCACAGGUGGUGGUGGCGGCUACAAGCAUAGCCAGCUUCAAGAGGGGAUUGGAUAAACAUGGAGCAGAGGUCCAUCAAUGGUAGAGCGGCCAAGUUCCCACCGGGGGCGGGGGAUCCCCUGGUUUGACGGGCCCCAAACCGCUGGCAGGGAGGAGACCGCCGGAGAAUCCCUGCCUCCAAAAAGUCCCAUUGGUGCACAGUGUAAUGACAUCACCCAGAAGUGACAUAUUGCACUGAGCAUGUCAUAUGGGGGAUGCUCUAGGAAAUCGCAGAAAACUCUAAGGUUUUUCAAGGGGAUGUGCUAGCAAUUUGGGGGGAAACUCUAUGGUACCAUAGAGUACCAUAGAAACUCUAUGGAACCAUAGAGUUUUCUCCCAAAUUGCUAAAGUGUUCCUGAGUUAAAACCAUAGAGUUUUCCACGAUUUCCUAGAGCAUUCCCAUGUGACGUGCCUGGUGUGAUACGUCACUUCUGGGUGAUGUCAUCGUGCUGCAUACGCAAAAAAAGUCCCCUGCCAGCAGCUGGUGGGGACUUGACAACCCUAAUCAGUGGCUAUUAGCCAUGAGGUCUAGAUGGAACACUCUGUCUGGGGCAGUGAUGCUCUGUAUUCUUGGUGCUUGGCGGGCAACAGUGGGAAGGCUCCUGGAGUUCUGGCCCUGCUGGUGGACCUCCUGAUGGCACCUGGGUUUUGGCUACUGUGUGACACAGAGUGUUGGACUAGAUGGGCCAUUGUCCUGAUCCAACAUGGCUUCUCUUAAGUUCUUAAAGGUCUCCCAUUUGGAAUUAAAUCAGAGGACUAGAAGAGAUCCCAUGGGCACCAGUCUAGAAAUGAUCUGCGCAAUCAGUUUUUUGCCAAGCAAGUUCCCACUUGUAUAUUUCCUGGGUUUGUGGAGCCAAAUAGGACAUAGUGGAGGGCCCUCCUCUCUUGUAUUACUCCCCUGUCAGCCCAACUUGUGGAUAAAUUAAGAGUUGGGGAAAUACAAUUUCAACAUUGAAAGAGUAUAUGGGUGGCAGCAGGAGCCUGAUACUAUAAAACAGCAAGCUCAGAACCAGUCAGUGGCCAUGAAGGUGGAUUAUAUGGCAUCGUACCCCACUGAGGCCCCUUACCCCCCAGGCUCCAUCUUCAAAUUUGCAGGAGUUCUCCGCCUAAAUCCGGCAACCCUACCCCCCAUUCCCCACCAAUGGGGACCUGGCAGCCCUAGGCACAGUGGUUCGGUUCACCUUGCCCCUGGCCACCAUUGGCCCAUAUGUUCAGCCUCCACCAACUGGGAACUUUCCCAUCAGUUUAAAGGGCCAGUCCAUCCAAAUAGUUCCAUCCUGACAGACUACAGAGCCUUUUAGGAUUGCCAAGUCCCUCCCAAAUUGCUACAGUGUCCGGGAAAACCAUAGAUUUUUCCCGGAAGUUCCUAGAGUGGCUGGCGUGAUGACAUCAGUUGCAAGUGACGUCAUUGUGCCGGCAACAUUGGGAGGGGAUCCCCCUGCCGGCCCAAUGCGGGCCAGCGGGUUGAGGACUUCUGGAGCGGGAGAAUGCCUGCCCCGCUCAAGAGCUUGGCAACUCUAGAGCUUUAUCCUCCUGACCUCUCAAUGCCCUAUUGCUGGAACCAUUGAUGCCCUCAUUCUUCCUCUGAGACCUCCCCAUCCCACAAAAAAAAGCCAUAUGUAUUAAAUGAUGGGGAGCAUUGAUCUAAGGUGGGGAAGAGGCAGGGGUUCAGCUCCCCUCUCCCUUUCACACCAUAGCGAGACAGAGGUAGAGUGGGCAGGGGGGGGGGGUUGUAGCAGGAACUCCUUUGCAUAUUAGGCCACACACACCCUGAUGUAGCCAGUCCUCCUGGAGCUUACAGUAGGCACUGUACUAAGAGCCUUGUAAGCUCAAGAAGGAUUGGUUACAUUGGGGUGUGUGGCCUAACAUUCAAAUGAGUUCCUGCUACAAAAAAAGCCCUGGUGAAUGGAAACUCAACUCAGAGCAGAAUCCUUACAAGAACCUGAACCUCAUGAUGACCAGAGUCCUCACUUCCUUGUUUUCCAUGUGCACGGGAGGGAGUUCUAAAAACAAAGUUUCAAUAAAGGAAAGACAUGACAUAAAA